AUGCCCAAAUUUAGUAGAAUAGACAGUAGGUCGAAUCACUCACUCAGACCUUUUUAUUUUCAACUGAAUCCGCUUAAAUCGGGGCCCUCUUGUAAAGUAGUAGUUGGUAACAUUAAAAACGAAGAUGGAAUCUUGACAGGCAUCGGAGGAAGAACCUCAGUAGUAGCUCUGCUGAUGUUUUCACACGAACCUAGGUCGAAAAACACAAUAGGUAGUUUCCACAAGCCGUACAUGGAAGUUUUCGUGAGGCCGCAAUCAGGCCCGAUCAGAUCGUCAAUUAGGGCAAUGGAGGCGGUAUUGGUCAAGGUUAUGCAGAGGGUAGUAAAGGGAGACAGGCUAGGAAAAGUAAAUCUAUCGCUGAGACUUCAAAUAAUCGAGGACUCGGGAGGACUACUAUCAGUGUGUUUGAACGCGCUCGUCAUCUGUCUGUCACUAUCGGGAAUAGAGAUGCUGCAAGUGCCGUUUGCAGUUUCAGUGGGCAUAUGUAGGACUGGAGAGGAGGAAGACCGCCAAGAAAGAGUAAUCUUGGACCCUACGGACUAUGAAAGCAGGAGCUACUGUGAAACCUCGCUGACGAUGCUGUGUGACCCAGACACAGGCAAUGUAUCGCUAAUAACAAUUGAUUCGGGCUCUGGAUCCUAUGGAAACUCACUGAAAUUGAUAAAAAAUUUAGCGAGGAAUGCUGCAGUCGAGUUUUCUGGUACCUUUAAUAAACUAAGAAAAGAGUCGCUAAGUAGCUAUUAUACAUCAGCUGAAGCUAAACAGUGA